AUGCGCACGUUAUUGACACUACCUGCCGAAGUCCAGUUGAUGGUUAUGGACUGCGUCGACGACAAGGAUCUCCUCACGCUCAAUUCGACAUGCCGCACCAUUCACGACCUACUCGAGCCUGUAAUCGCCUCCGUCUUCGGCGCAGACCGCAGCUUCGAGCUCUCAGAGAGCGGCAUGGUGGCCUUGCUCAGACUUAGUCGGGACCCUGUCGCAGCACACCAUCUGCAAACCCUCAUCAUCAUCCACAGCGGUCAACAACAGCCCGUUCUGGACUAUGAAGUUCUUCACGCAGCCCUUGAACAGCUGGGCACUUUCAAGAAACUCCAUUCCAUCGGGGUUCGUCACGCUGCCACCGAUGCAAACCGCUUCGAGCCAUCGNAACUCGCACACGAUCGUAUCAAGGACUUCAUGAGGAAUGUCUUGCUCAAGCUUGCGCUGGAGUCGGGACUUCCGAUCAGAAAUGUUGUCUUUGAGAUCGACAUUCAGCCAGACAUCCAUACUGGUGGCUAUCGUCGUCGCUCCUGGGUCAACCCUUCACCAGUACAGAAUGAAUUUGCGACUGAAUUCGCCGCAAUCCGAGACACUAUGAACACCCUGGAUACCAUGUCGUUUCCUGGAGUUGCGCGUACCUUGAGAUUUGUCAGGAAGGGAGUCGAGGGUACUCGGAAAUCAGCUAGAAUGACUUACGAUCCUCAGCAUCGUUCUUUCUAUGGCUUCCAACUCUUGGCUGAUGACUGGAAUGUGGUGCGAAGAUGGUUGGCAGCCCCGGCGAUGCUAAGAGCCGUGACAUUGUUGGACUGCGAGAUCGACUAUUUAACCUUCUCUAACCUUAUGAUUACUGCCGCCCUCGAGAGUGUCUCGAUCAAGCAUGCUUUACUCUUUCGUAGUAGCAGUACACGCUUGCGCUGGAGGGAUGGUGACAUCAACCGGCCUCGCCUGCGCAAUGACUGGGUGGAUGUCUUCGACGACUUGGAUGAAAGAUGCCCGGUAUUGUCGCACUGCCUUCUGGGUCAACUACGCUACAACCAAGACCGCAUGUGCAGAGGAGCGACGUGGGAGGCCAACAACCACGAGGAUGUCGGUCAGCUAAUCUACGACCUGAGCUGGGGGAACUGUUCCCGUUCGGAGUUCAAGAAGGAAAAGGCUCCCUCAACUGGGCGUAAGCCUCCUAAGAAGGCCCCCAAAACCAAGAAAAUUCGAUUCACUCACAGAAAGAGGGNNAAGUCCUAA